AGUGAUUGCAGUAGGUUGUUGAGCCGGGGAGGCGGGUGAAAAGGGCAUUUUUCGUUAUUAGUGCAGUAGGAAACCUUGUCUCGGGCUGGUCAUUAAAUUUACUGUUGUCCUGAAAUGGGUAAAGUCAGCAAACCCAGGUGGAAGUGUGCCCGGCACCAGUUAUUUUUCUUCCUAUUUUAUUCGUUUCAGUCCUUAACCUCAGGAGUCAUACGGUAUUCGGUUCCAGAAGAAAUGGACCGUGGUUAUUUUAUUGGACAUCUUGCAAACGACGUGGGCAUACCUCGUACAGAUGUGGCAGCUCGUCGGCUCCGCAUAUCCUCAUCAUCAAAGAACCGAUUUUUAAAUAUUAAUUCUGAGACCGGAGAUUUGUUCCUGACAGAGAGAGUAGACAGGGAGGAAUUGUGUGGUAAAAUGCCUUCGUGUAUUUUGGCAUUUGAAGCUGUUGUUGAAAAUCCUUUUCAAGUAUUUGCCGGAGAGAUUGAAAUUCAGGACAUCAAUGACAAUCCCCCGGUGUUCCUAUCGAAUGAGAUUAAAUUAAGUAUCAGUGAAUUUACACCACUAGGAUCCCGGUUUCCUUUGGAGCAGGCGGAGGACCCCGAUGUUGGUGUAAAUUCACUGCUUGAUUAUGACCUUAACAUUAAUGAAUAUUUCAGCUUGAUUGUGACGGACACCGAAAGUGGUCACUUUAUAGAGCUUGUUCUAAAUAACAGUUUGGAUUACGAGAAACAGAGCGAUCAUUUCCUUACAAUCACAGUCAAAGACAAUGGGAUCCCUAGGAGAUCUGGUACCUCACAGAUACACAUUAGCGUUGUGGACGUCAAUGAUAACAAACCUGCAUUCAGUCAAGCAGUUUAUAAGACCAGCAUAAAAGAAGGUUCACCGAAAGGUACGUUACUAGUGAAAGUAAAUGCAACAGACCGUGAUGGUGCAGCUUAUGGACAGGUAAGAUAUGCUUUCAAAAAAAUAUCAGAGACAACACGUUCUAUGUUUAAACUGGAUCCAGUUAGUGGCGAAAUACGCCUGGAGGGGAUUCUAGAUUAUGAAGAAACAAAAUGGUUUGAAAUUACAGUUGAGGCUAAAGAUGGCGGUGGGUUCACUGCCCACAGCAAGGUACUCAUUGAUAUUCUUGAUGAUAAUGAUAACGCACCUCAGAUAACAUUUUCAUCUGUUUCUGAUGAAAUUUUGGAAGAUGCCGUUCCUGGUACUGUUAUUGCAUUUAUAAAUAUUGAUGAUUUGGAUUCCAAUGACAAUAGUGAUACUAGCUGCCACAUACAAGAAAAUAUUCCGUUUAAACUAAAACUAUUAUACAAGAAUUAUUACACAUUGGAGUUAAAUGGGUCGCUGGACAGAGAAAAGACCCCUGAAUACAAUAUUACAAUCACGGCUGUUGAUAAAGGCUCACCGCCUCUUUCAUCUGUAAAGACCAUCUUCCUCAAGAUUUCUGACAUAAAUGACAACCCCCCUCAGUUUUCUAAGGCCAUAUACACUGCAUAUAUAAAGGAAAAUAACCCACCCGGGCAUGUAAUUUUGACAGUGGAGGCUAAAGAUACUGACUGGAAGCAAAAUGCUCAGGUUACUUAUUCCAUUGUCCCGGGUUAUGUUGGUGAAUCUUUGGUUUCCACAUUUGUCUCCAUUAAUCCAGAUAACGGUAACAUUUAUGCUUUGCGUUCUUUUGAUUAUGAAACAUUUAGAGACUUUUAUAUAGUGGUUAAAGCAGAAGACUAUGGUUCACCACCCCUUAGUACCAACGCUACGGUCAACGUCUUCGUUCUGGAUGAGAAUGACAAUGUUCCUAAAAUCCUGUAUCCAGCGCCCAGUGACGAAGCUUCUGUGGGGAUAGAGAUAGUGCCUUUAAUGGCCGAAGCAAAUUAUCUUGUGACUAAGGUGGUAGCAGUGGAUGCUGACUCCGGACAGAAUGCUUGGCUGUCCUACCAUUUGUUGAAAGCCACAGAUCCUAGUCUUUUCAAAGUAGGAUAUCACACUGGUGAAAUUAGGACAUCCCGUCCUGUUCUAAUGAAGGAACCAAUGAAACAGACUCUUUCUGUCAUUGUGAAAGAUAAUGGACAGCCAUCACACUCUUCCACAGCCACGGUCACCAUAAUUGUUGCAGACUCGGACAGCUUUCCUCAGCCCCUUUUGGAUGCUCUCAAUCCAUCAGAAAACAAACCCCGAGACUCGAAUCUGACCCUUUAUUUGUUGAUUUCUGUUGUUUGCGUGUCUGUCUUGUUUCUUUGCUUUAUUAUAAUUAUAUUUAUAAUCAGAUUUCACAGAUGGAGGCAGUCGUCGUUGCUUAAGCCAACAUUUAUUGAUUACAGCCAUGAACACCCAUCGGACUUUGGUGAAAGAGAGCCCAUGGGACAUAUCCAGCCACCUUACAUACAGAGGGUUUGUUUAACCUCUAAUUCUGGAAGAAGUGAGCUUCAGUUUAUGAAGCCAUACGGACUUGAUACAGUGGGAAGCAAAGCAGUUGUUACUGAUGCAGAUAGGACAGAACUCUAUUCAGAUGAUAGUUUUUAUGCAGAAACUAAUGCUGUCUCCCAGGUGAGAUCCUUUAUCAAAUGAUUCUUUGCUUUAAAACUCUUUUGUAAGUAGUCAUUUUCCUACUGUAACGAUGCAUUUAUAUCUGUAUUACUCAUAUCAGAUAUUUGUUUUGCUAUAUCUCAAAUAGUCAAACUUCAAAUAAUGAUUUCUAUGUACCUUGUGCUUAAGAAAUCUUCCAAAGAAAAUAGUUCUCAUCACUUUAUAAAAUGCAUACAUCAUAUCAACAAAUAAAUAAGAUAUAAUUAAUAUUUCACUCAUUAAUCCUGAAUGUACAAAUGACUUUGCAGAUCUUGUAGCUCUAUUAUUUAUUUGGUUCUGAAAUGUAGAUAAAUCAGAUGAGGUGAAAAUUAAACAAAAAGUUUCUUAA